AUAAGAGGGGGUUGAGGGAGAAGAAGAGGUACAAGCAACAGCAGCAAACCCCCUUUCUGCUACUGCCUAAGCCUGUAAGCCUUUUCAUGCAUCAUCAUCAUCACCCGUAUCAUUGCACCGCUAGGACAGGUGAUCUGCAGCAGCCGGACUCCGGAGCCUGCAUACUUCGUUCAAAAUUCUCAUUCUGAUACUGUGAGCAGAAUUAUAUCGCUACGGCCAUCGUGACACAGUGAUCAUCGUCGUGAUCAUCACAGUAAUCGCAUCAUAAGAUUGAAAUUAGAGUAGGAAAAAUUCUGUUGGUCUGGUAAAACUUGCAUCCGCGUCACACACCCACAAUCGAAGCUUUGAAAAAGUUGGCUCCAGAUAUGAUCAUUCGUCGGACAUAUACAACUGCAGUGUGUUUCAUUUGCAUGUGAAAGGCAUCUGUUCAGCACUCUCUGCUGCCAAGUCAUUAUAUACUUCGUCUUCUCCCACAUCCCCACCCACGCCCCCCCCACCAUCCCCUCUCUUUUCUUUGUGCCGCUCCCGUUUGUCUUUUCGUCGAUUUAUUUAGUUAAAGACCGUCUGCGUGGCCUCCUCUCCAUCUUCUUUUUACCACUGUCUAUCUCAUCUUUUCCUCAUCCAAAGCGUUUGUUUCCACUCAAAGAAACAAUGAUGGCUCCUGAAGAUCGGUCGGAUGAACGAGCCGUGAUCGGCGGUUCAUCCAAUCUUCCCGUGGCAGCUGCUGCUGCAAAUAAGCCUCCUGGAGAGGUCAGAAUCGUCUGCGACGAGCCUCACGACUACCACCACCAUCCUCCCUCUGCUCUGGCCUUGGUUUCCAGUUCACCACCGCGAUGCUUGAACACCACUUUUAAUUCUCCUCUUCCAACUCCUCCUGCUCUGAUCGAACCACGAUCACCCUCGCAACAACCGCAGCAGAGUUGCAGUGGCCAUUCUUUGGUUCUGUCUCGGCCUCUGCGUCCUGUUAUUCUAAAGUUUGAAGACGUCGGUUACAAGGUUAAGGUGGACUCAAGCAACAAUGGCGGCUUCUGCUUGCCUGGGAAAUCCACCAUUCUGGGGAGCACCCCUGCAGAGAAGACCAUCAUUGAAGGGGUAACAGGGUUGGUCAGACCAGGGGAGAUGCUAGCAAUGUUGGGUCCUUCUGGAAGUGGGAAGACCACCCUUCUCACUGCCUUAGCAGGAAGGCAGCAGGGGAAGGUCUCUGGUAGCAUCACCUACAAUGGGCAGCCUUUCUCUGCCUCUGUGAAGAGGAGGACGGGCUUCGUGAGCCAGGAUGAUGUGUUGUACCCUCACCUCACGGUCAUGGAGACCCUCUUCUUCUCUGCGCUGCUCAGGCUCCCUAGCACACUGAGCAGGGAGCAGAGGAUGGAGCAGGCGGAGCACGUGAUGCAGGAGCUUGGUCUGAACAAGUGUAGGAACAGCAUCAUCGGGGGAGCUUUGGUGAGGGGCAUCUCUGGUGGUGAACGCAAGAGGGUGAGCAUAGGGCAGGAAGUGCUCAUCAACCCGAGCCUGCUGCUGCUGGACGAGCCCACCUCUGGCAUGGACUCCACAACAGCAUUGAGGAUCGUGUGCACCCUCCAAGGCCUAGCUAGAGGGGGCCGGACGGUUGUCACCACCAUUCACCAGCCGUCUAGUAGGCUGUUCCACAUGUUUGACAAGAUUCUGCUGCUGUCUGAAGGCCACUGCAUCUAUAGUGGCAAGGCAUCUGAGGCCAUGGGAUAUUUCUCUUCCCUUGGAUUUGUUCCAUCAGUUGCCAUGAAUCCUGCUGAUUUCUUGCUUGAUCUUGCCAAUGGUGUUGCACCGGAUUUGGGGACGAUACCUGGUGGCAUAAACGUCAUGGAGAAAUAUGAUAACAACUCUAAUUCUGCCAUCAAGCAAUCCUUGAUCUUGUCAUACAACAAGAACCUCGCUCCUUCAUUAAGAACAGAGCUACUUUCUUGGGACCAACAUAGCUCUUCUCUUACACACAUUAAGCAGAAAAAGUCUACUGAAGAUAUUCCACAUUUAGGCCAUGCAGGUACCGAAAAGCAGUGGAGCACAAGUUGGUGGGAGCAAUUCAGAGUACUGCUGACAAGGAGUUUGAAGGAAAGGAGGCAUGAGUCUUUCUCAGGCCUAAAGAUUCUUCAGGUGGUCUCUGUUUCAAUCCUCUGUGGUCUAAUGUGGUGGCACUCCAAAGUGUCCAACCUCCAAGAUCAGGUGGGCUUGCUCUUCUUCUUCUCCAUCUUCUGGGGCUUCUUCCCACUCUUCAAUGCAGUGUUCACCUUCCCACAGGAGACGCCGAUGCUAGUAAAAGAACGCCGUUCCAGGAUGUACCGCCUCUCUUCCUACUUCGUGGCCAGGAUGGUCGGUGAUUUGCCCAUGGAGCUAAUCCUCCCCACACUGUUUGUGACCAUAUCCUACUGGAUGGGAGGUCUCAGGCCAAGCGUGCAAACGUUCGUUCUCACCCUCCUCGUCAUCCUCUUCAGCGUUCUGGUGUCUCAGGGUAUAGGCUUAGCCCUCGGUGCCGUGCUCAUGGACGUCAAGCAAGGGGCCACCUUGGCCUCAGUCUUGAUGCUCACCUUCCUCUUGGCUGGUGGUUACUACGUUCAGCACAUUCCUUUCUUCAUGUCUUGGCUCAAGUACUUCUCCUUUAGCUACUACUGUUAUAAGCUACUGCUUGGUGUUCAGUACUCGGAACAAGACUCCUAUGUCUGCGGUGACGGCGCUCUUUGCAGAGUUGCAGACUACCCAGCGAUAAAGCAUAUGGGGCUCGACCACAAGGGGUUUGAUGUGGCUGCAUUGACUGUCAUGCUUGUUGGUUACAGGCUGAUAGCUUAUGCUGCCCUAAGAAUGGGCAAGGCAGCACGUUAACAAUUGCAUAUUUAGUUUCGUGAUCAUUUCCCGAAACCUCUGUCAGAGGAAGUGUAAAAGGAAUUUGUCCCAAACAAUGUCUGACGCUCGCCGCUGUUUUUGGGCUGCUCUUCAAGAAGGUGAAGGGGGCCUUUCUUUGAUCUUCUACAGAUUUAUAUCAAUGUUUUUCCUUGGAAGAAAGUAAGAAGACAUUAAGCUGGAGAAUGUAUAAAAUGAUGAGCCUUUCUGAGAUCAAGACUAUCGUGCUUUGAUAUUGGUUUCUUUAACUCAUAUCUACUGAAGAUGUUUUUUUUUUUUUCUACUUUUUUGUUCCUUUUGGUGAUAAAAGUGAGAAAUCCUAAACCAUUCCUUACCUUCUGAUUCA